GACGCCAGGGCGGAACCACGGUGGCGUCCCGGAACUACAGCCCCCAUGAGGCUCUGCGCGCGCAUGCUCUGUGGGGCCGCGGGGGGCGGGGCGGGCGUGGGCGUUCUAGAAGGCAGCGGCGAGGCCGCGGGCGCCAUGUUGGGGCCGAGGGGACCGCGGAGAGGCGCUUGAAGCGGCGGGAGCGGGUCGGACCUGGGCUGGUAGGAGCCCCGCCCCUCCCGCCUCAGCGGAUCAUGACCCGGGCGGCGGCCACGGAGGUCACGGUGGCGGGGGACGUAGCGUGGCGGGGCCAGCGCUAGAGAUGAUGCCGUUUCCGGUGACCACCCCGGGAUCCCAGCAGACCCCGCCGCCGCCGCCCAAGCGCUAUGGCAUCUCCUCCCCCAUCAGCCUAGCGCCCCCCCGGGAGACUGACUGCGUUCUUACCCAGAAGUUAAUUGAAACCCUGAAGCCCUUCGGGGUGUUUGAAGAGGAAGAGGAACUGCAGCGCAGGAUUUUAAUUUUGGAGAAAUUAAAUUAUCUGGUCAAGGAGUGGAUACGAGAACUCAGUGAAAGCAAGAGUCUUCCACAAGCUGUCAUUGAAAAUGUUGGAGGGAAAAUCUUCACAUUCGGUUCUUACAGAUUAGGGGUGCAUACGAAAGGCGCCGAUAUCGAUGCGUUAUGUGUUGCCCCAAGACAUGUUGAUCGAAGCGACUUUUUUACCUCCUUCUAUGAUAAAUUGAAACUCCAUGAAGAAGUAAAAGAUUUAAGGGCUGUUGAGGAGGCCUUUGUACCAGUUAUCAAACUGUGUUUUGAUGGGAUAGAGAUUGAUAUUUUGUUUGCAAGGUUAGCACUGCAGACUAUUCCUGAAGAUUUGGACCUGAGAGAUGACAGUCUUCUUAAAAAUUUAGAUAUUAGAUGCAUAAGAAGUCUUAACGGUUGCCGGGUAACUGAUGAGAUUUUACAUCUAGUGCCAAACAUUGACAACUUCAGAUUAACUCUGAGGGCCGUCAAGUUGUGGGCCAAAUGCCACAACAUCUAUUCCAAUAUAUUGGGUUUCCUGGGAGGUGUCUCCUGGGCGAUGCUAGUAGCGAGAACUUGCCAGCUCUAUCCAAAUGCAAUGGCAUCAACUCUUGUGCGUAAGUUCUUCUUGGUGUUUUCCGAAUGGGAAUGGCCAAAUCCAGUGCUGCUGAAAGAGCCGGAAGAACGGAAUCUUAAUUUGCCCGUGUGGGACCCGAGAGUAAAUCCCAGUGAUAGGUAUCAUCUCAUGCCUAUAAUUACCCCCGCGUACCCACAGCAGAACUCCACAUACAAUGUGUCUGUUUCAACGAGGAUGGUCAUGAUUGAGGAGUUUAAACAAGGGCUCGCUAUCACACACGAGAUUUUGCUGAGUAAGGCGGAGUGGUCCAAACUUUUUGAAGCACCAAGCUUCUUUCAAAAGUACAAGCAUUAUAUUGCACUUCUAGCAAGUGCACCAACAGAAAAACAGCAUCUAGAAUGGGUGGGCUUGGUGGAAUCAAAAAUCCGAAUCCUGGUCGGAAGCCUGGAGAAGAAUGAAUUUAUUACACUGGCGCACGUGAAUCCUCAGUCCUUUCCAGCCCCCAAGGAAAGUCCUGACAAGGAAGAAUUUCGUACCAUGUGGGUGAUUGGGUUAGUGUUAAAAAAACCCGAGAACUCUGACAUUCUCAGUAUCGAUCUCACCUAUGACAUCCAGUCCUUCACCGAUACAGUUUAUAGACAGGCAGUUAACAGUAAGAUGUUUGAGAUGGACAUGAAAAUUGCGGCGAUGCACUUAAGAAGAAAGGAACUUCAUCAGCUACUACCGAAUCAUGUGCUUCCGCAAAAGAAGACACCCUCGCCAGAAGGUGUCAGAUUGACAGCUUUGGGUGACGGCAGCCUCAGCUUGACUGCCGACAGUGAAAACAGCGUGACUGUGUCUUCAUUUCCCGGCGCUGUGAAGACUGGCCCAGUGACUGGCAGCUCUCCAGGCAGAAGCAGUCCUGCCCUCCCUGUGAUGGCGGCACCUGUGACCAGCGCUCAGGUUACUGAUGUUUCCUUGCAGCAGGCAAAUCCCAGUGAAAGCCCAGGGAGUGCGUCCAACGAAAGCAUCCCUCACACUGGCUCACUACCAGCCAUUCUACCACCGAAGCCUGUGGUCACCAGAGUCAUUUCCUCAACCCUUCUGGUGAAUCACCCCCCCAGGCCUUCCGGGAGCGCAGCAGCAAACAUAGCCAAUCCUAUAGUAGGGGUCUAGAGGAGCGGGUCGUGUCAUCCAGGAGAGAGGUCGGAGGGAAACAUUCUCACGAGGACAUACGUGGGACUCAGGAACCACUCAGACAGUGGCUUCUCUGUGGGCCUCUCCGGAAACACGAGUGCAGACCUCCAGUGUCCCUGUUCUUCCUGCAGAGGCUGUUCCUGUUACCAAGAAUCCAAUAAAACAGACUAAACUGAUGAGACAACCUCAGGGUCCAUAAGUGACACCUGCCAACUCAGCCUGUUGUCUUCAGAUGCUAAAGGAAGAGAACGAAGGGGGCCAAACUGGAUAUGAUUCAAACUAGGUUGAUGAGGCUUGUUGGGUAGCUGCCUUUGUUGGGCUAAUCCCGAUCAGAAGUCCAGGUUAGUGUGUAGAGCUUCUGGAAGUCCUGUUACGAACGUGUCACAUUACUUAUGUGUCAGCCGGUUACACUAACCAUCUCAAAGGACUUCUGCCCUUCAAAGAGGAGGAAAGGGAGAAAAAGCCCCUCUAGCUCUCUUGGUGCCCUGCAGACUGGAUUUAUGUUGGAUGCAUUGUUGGGAAAAAUUUGCAAUACAGACUGGUACCGAGAUUCCUUACACUGAUGAUGCACUUUAGGCAUAUUUUUAUUAGGCAGUAGAGCUAAUUUCGGAUUUUUCAGCUUGAUGAGUUGUAGUUUUUUCCGCAAGGGUUUUAUUCCUUGUUCAUCUUCAGACUGGUUACCGUUGUGCGGUAGUGUACCAUACUUCAGGAAAAGCAUAAAGUAUGUCUCGCUCAGUCCCUGUGAGGUACCCCUUUAAAAUGAAAUGUCAACUCUUAGGGUAUAUCAUUGGCAUUGAGGCAGUAAUUAGUGUUCAGUUUUGAUGGGAACUGAUCAAGAAAUGAUACACUGGUUUUAUCUCCAGGAUUGUUGCCGAGUGCAAACAGUCAGCGAUCAAACAGCAGACAGUGUCUUGAGUCAACAUAGCUCCAUCUUCUCUCGUCCUUAAUCACUUGUCCUAAAGCAAAAAAAGCUUUUUGUCUCCCUCCCCCUCCUGCCCCCGUGUCCCCGCUGCCUUCUCUUUGCUUGUGCCCAGGGUAUGCUUGGCUUGGGUAUCGUUUCAUAAAGCACUCAGAAUGCUGGUGUUUUCUUAACCAUGAUGCGACACCAACAGUCCUGUGGCCACGUGGCACAGAGCCUACAUUUUGGUUCCAUGGCUAAUAUUUUAGUGAAGUUUUACUAGAAGUGAUUCCUGUGAAGCAUGUUAUCCAUCUUGGAUGGCUUUUCAAUCUCCGCAUAAAAGAUUUGCAUAUGCCACAGAGUAUCUGCUUAUAGUAAAGCUACUUUCUAGUUUAAAUGUGUAAGCAAAAAUGCAUUUUCUCUAGAAUUUUAAACCAGGUUUUAUUUUUCAGUGACUUACUGAAGUU